AUGGGAUCGUUCACAGAACAGGAAUUGUUGGAGAUAGUAAAUGAUAUGGGUUAUGACCUUUCGUCUGAUGAACUUAAAUUUUUCAAAGAAGAGUUGGAUCGACUACUGGAUGAAUUGGAAAAGGAAGAUGAGACGCAUCGACCUUUAUUAGACUCGGAUAUUUCGUUUAAUUCUUUAGCAAACAAUGUUGGAGAUCUGUCCCACGCUGAUUUGCUGCACAUGAGUCGUGGUGAAGAUGAUCAUUUUCAUGGGACAGGACAUUGUUUUUCUCCAUCUCGUAGCAAUUAUGAAUCUAAAAAUGUUGGAAAUAUACAAAGCAGACCAUCCAAUAUUGGCAAAAGAUUUGAUCGUUAUGAAAUAACUGAUAUUUUGGAUAAAGGUUUUCGUUGUCUUCAAAAGAUUACUGAAGACAAUAGUUUUAUCCAGGCUUUGAAUGAUCGUUUUGAGCGUGAUUUGGAACGAGUUCGUAAGUGGUCAUCAUCAUCCGAUGGGAAUGUUGAGCAAGCUUUUGAAGUUCCUCAUGCAAGAAAUGAUACUGAGCAUGCUGAUUUAAUGAACGAAAGUGAUGGGAGUGAAAGCGAUCGUACUUUAGUUGCCGUAGAUCCUGCUGUAAGACCUGUUUUACGUGCAGUUCCGGGUAGAACAUUAUUUCGGCAUGAUCCUGUCAAAAAGUAUGAGAUUUACAACAAAGGUUGGGCAAAGAAUCCUCCUCCAGGAGAAAAAAAACGAUUGUCAUUAAGAUGGAAAGUACGAGAAUAUAUGCUGCGACAAGAUAUAGCUACAUUUCGACCUUCUAAUUUAGUACGAAGAAGAAUAUCAAAUCCAGAUUGGUCUCCGCGUCCUUAUUUAGAUUAA